CACCCACAUAGCCGACCUCUAGAAUGAAAUUUUCCUUCGUAUAGCUUGGCUAUUAAAAACAUUAACCAAAGGAAAGUUCCCAAGCCUCCAGGUUUGAACACCUAGAGAUCUAAGCUGCUGCCGUAACAAGAAUCCGUUAUGGAGUAGAAGUUGUUCACCCACAUAUGACAUAACCCUUAUUUUUUUCAUUUGUCUUUUUCUUCCUAAAUUUCCCUACAAAAAGCCAUACAUCCCUCUUCUUGUUUCACCAAACUGAGAAAAUUCGAGUGUUUCAAGAUCCUUAGAAAUCCACAGGGCCACAGGCAUUUUCAGCACAUAAUUCGACAACACCUAAUGGCACAAGGAAAAAUUGAGAUGGGUCUGGUCCUAGUCCUAGUGACCAUGCUCUGGGCAGGAGUUGAGGCUCAGUCGAGUUGUACAAAUGUGAUAAUCAGCAUGUCACCAUGCCUUAACUACAUCACCGGCAACUCCACGACCCCAUCGUCAGGAUGCUGCACACAGCUUGCUAAUGUGGUCCGCUCACAACCACAGUGCUUGUGUGAGGUCCUAAAUGGUGGUGGCUCAUCACUCGGAAUCAAUGUCAACCGAACCCAGGCUCUAGCCCUCCCUGAUGCUUGUAAUGUUCAGACCCCACCCCUCAGCCGCUGUAAUGCUGCUUCACCAGCCAACUCUCCCGCAGGAACACCAGAAUCUUCAAAUACAGUUCCUUCAGGAGGCGGAUCUAAAACUGUGCCAUCAACAGGAGACGGUUCAUCGGCUGGAAGUUCUAUCAAGUUGUCGAUUUCCCAUCUCUUCUUCCUUCUUUGUGCGGCAGUAUUUGCUUCACCCUUCACAACAUGCUAAUUUUCUCACUUGCUACCGCACGGGAUUCCGACCUAUUAUUGAUGAUUUAUUACAGCAUUUCUCAUUUACUAUUCAGACCCCCUCCUAGAUUGAGGGGUUAGGGAAUAUUUAUUUUUGUUUAUUUUUUGUGACCUCCUUCUGGGGUUAAUAUGGUUUUGUAUUUCUGAGGAGGCGUCUAGCUCUCUUCCCUUCUCAAUAAAGAUGAUUGCUGGCUUAUGAUCUAUUGCCUGGGCACUUUAACAUAAGACAUGAACUCAUAAAUCUCAAUUUGGCGUUUAACCACUAAUAAAUUCAGCAGUAGGAUAGUAAACCUGAUCAAUAAGACUGUUCAACCGUGCCACUACAG